UCUUGUUUUGCUUCGUUUUAUUUAUUUUCAUUGUUCACGAAUCGGAGAAUUGUCAUGCGCUCAAGCGGGCGAUGAUGUCAGCCUAAGUCAUUACUGCAAGUUCUUUACAGUGGAAAUGUCUUUGAUGAAAAUGUUUAGACUGACGAUUUGUGGACCACGUGAAAGAACCAGUCUGCGAUUCUGUAGACGUCAUCGGUGUCUGGUGACAGCGGUUUUGGUGAAUUUACUCAUAUUUUUCUAUUUAGCAGUUUUACAACACAGGAGGUCUCACAUCCUACAGCCCCCUAGUAGGCAGAUAAGUGGAAAACGAAUAUCGGAUGGAGACAAAGAAAUCAUAAUACAGAAAAAUACGGAAAGGUUGGUUACUGUAAUCAUACGAGACUUUGAAGAAUUUGAUAACGAUGUUGUCAGCACAGUAAAAUCAUUUCACGAUUUGAACAGUUUACUCAAUGUCCUUGUCAUAUGCGACAAGUUACCGUAUCCACCACUUUUAUUCGACAAAAACUUUGAUCACAGUCGACUGCAGGUUGUCAGUCUGACGAUGAACCCACUGAAAAAUCUCAGCUUCACCAGGCCAGAGACAUUCAUUCAUACACCGUAUGUGUUUAUUGUUCCAGAUUCGACAAAAUUAGCCGAUAUGGAAAGUCUUUACAGUGCAAUUAGCUUUCUGAAGAAGUCUGUGAAUUUUCACUCAUUAGCACUACCCGUCGCAGGUUCUCACCUUGAAUGCCUGCUUGCAAAGGUUGACAUCAAACGGUGGACUAUGGAAUAUCUUGUUGAUUCGGACACAAAAAUGGGUUGUGAUGUCGUCAUGGGUGACCAUGCAUUAUUAAUAACAAAACAACAUUUUUUACAAUUAGCUGAUCCCUUUUUAAAACCGUUUUCAGUUUCGUUUCACAUUCAAUCAAUUUUAAGAAAGUGGAAAACAUUUAUAUUUGAUAAUGUUGGACUAACGGUGCACAAAAUAUUAUACAGUGAACCACAUCAUCGAUGGAAACACAAACACAACACUAAACUGAGGCUCAUGAAUAUGUAUAAGAAAUUGGGUAUAAAGUUAGUUCAGCAUAGUGAUGGGAGGAAAGAGUGGCAUGGCUGUACAAAAGAAACGCCCCGUUGUUUCGGCACGGUGGAAAACGAUAUGCCUGAAUAUUUAUACCAAGGAAGAUGGACUCCACCCUGCUGUCUUCGGUGUCUGCGCGACACGGCUAAACACGUUUUUAAAAUUCUCGACAAAUGUGGAGUCCGAUACUGGCUGGAAGGAGGAAGUUUGUUGGGAGCUGCACGACAAGGGGACAUAAUUCCGUGGGAUUAUGAUGUUGAUGUCGGAAUAUACCAGGAGGACAUUGAGAAAUGUGAAAAUCUUAAACAAAUGAAAACUGAGAGUUUUGUAGAUGAUAAGGAUUUUGUUUGGGAAAAAGCCAUAGAAGGUGAUUUCUAUCGUGUUCAGUACAGUGAAUCUAAUCAUUUACACAUAGAUUUAUUUCCAUUCUUUUCAAGGAACGGAACAAUGACAAAACAUACGUGGAUGAAGUCACACAGACAGGAUACAGAAUUUCCAGAGAGAUUUUUAAAACCAUUGACUAAGAUUAAUUUUGCUGGUAUGAAUGUUUCUGCUCCAAAUAACGUCAAGGAGUUUUUAGAACUAAAAUUUGGAAUUGGUGUAAUUGAAAGUCCUAAAUAUCCAAAUGCUGAAGAUCCUUUAUGAUUAUUAAUCUCUUUUUGUUUUGUAUUCCUGUUUAUUAAUGGGUUGUUUUUGUAUUGCUUUAUUUAUAAAUUAUAACUGUUCACUCAACUUGCUAGUUUUAAUCUAUAUUAUCUAUAUUAGCUUGGACCACAUUAUUGCAUGUUUUGAUGCGGUAGUUAAUACCUUCUUAUGAACACUGACAGGAAAAGAAAGCAAUUUCUGUUUAAAGUUUAAAGGGCUUGUCCAGAGUUUGCAAAUUCAGCUUUAGAUUUGCCUCUUGCUGGGGUUGGUAUGCCGUAUACUGAUUUUAAAUAUAGUAUCAACCAAUUUAUCUUUUUGACUUGACCACAUGAUUGGGACGGUGUGUUUGCGAACAAGCUUCAUGCUAUCAAGCCAGUCUUGGGAGAGUGGCAGUCCUCCUAUAGACAUUGUAGGAAGGAUGAAAUAGUCUUGUGUCAUGCUCGCAUCGGUUAUAUCUACUUGACCCAUUCAUUUAUCUUGAAGAAAGAUCCUCCACCUCAGUGUGAGUACUGUCAGUGUACUCAGACGAUAUGCCACAUUUUGGUAGAGUGUAAGCAUCGGACCGAAACUAGAAAAGAUAUAUUUGGUCAAACAAAUGUGAUGGAAUUAUUUCGAUUCCAUCCAGAACUUAUAUUACAGUUUCUACGUGAUACAGACUUUUAUUCUAAAUUUUAAUUGUGUU